CAUGCGCAGUUGUGACAGUAUUUUGGAAAUGGCGCCUGUGUUGAAGUGCUAGUCGGCGGUUGCAGAGUUUGUUAGCUUGGUUUACUGCUAGCUGGAAUUUUCUGGCUUAUUUAUUUACAGAAGUAAAAAGGUAACCCUUUAAUGGAUUUGCGCAGAUUAUGACCAAGGAGAGACUGCACCAGAAGACGCGUUUGAUAUAUUCGACAUUAAUAAAUCAGUUAUCGGCACACAGGUAAAUACGUGAGGAUGCGUGACCUGGCAGCUCAGGUGACCAGCAGUCUGCUGCGUUUUCCUGCAGUGACGGUGGAAGCUUUAGGAGAAGAUGAAGUGACGCUGGACUCGGUGCUUCAUGGGAAAUUCACCGCGGGUCGCAGCGUGUUGGCGUGGCUGGCGUGCGGGCCGCACUUGGAGGUGGUGCACGCGGCGACGGGCGAGCGUUUCUCUGCGUAUCGCUUCAGCGGCGUGACGGAUCACCUGCAGCCGAGCGUGACGGCGGUGAGAGAGUUCGGCUGGCUGAAGCGCAGCGGGCUGCUCGUGGGGCUGCAGGAGGACGAGAGCAGCAUGCUGUGUCUCUACGACCUCGGCAUCUCGCGCGUCAUUAAAGCCGUCGUCAUACCAAACAGGAUCACUGCCAUCGAGCCGCUGGUGAGUUAUGGAGGAGCGAGUACGAGUACGCAGCACCUGCACCAGAGCCUGCGCUGGUUUUUUGGCGUGGUUGCCGUGGUGACAGAUGUGGGACACGUCCUAUUGGUGGAUCUGUGUUUAGAUGAUUUCUCCUGCACUCAGACUGAGCUGGAGGCCUCAGAUCUGGAGGUGGUGAAUAAAUGUCCGUCUGAUAUUCCGCGUCUGAGAGAGGGAGUCACUCAGCAGGGACGCCACCUCUGUCUCCAGCUGUGCAGCUCCACGGGGACGGGGGUCUCGGCGCUGCACUUCAUCAGCCGCACCAAUCAGCUCGCUGUGGGCUUCACCGACGGCUUCCUGCAGCUCUGGAACAUGAAAACGCUGAAGAAAGAGUAUCACUCUCAGCUGGAGGGCGGCCGAGUCCCAGUGUACGCCUUUAACUUCCAGGAGCCGGAGAACGACCCGAGGAACUGCUGCUACCUGUGGGCUGUUCAGUCAGCGCAGGAUCUUGAGGGUGAUGUAGUCAGCCUCCAUCUGCUGCAGCUGGCGUUCGGGGAGAGGAAGUGCUCAGCAUCAGGGAAGAUCAUCUACGAGGGUCUGGAGUACUGUGAGGAGCGCUACAGUCAGGAUCUGAGCGGUGGUGUGUUUCCUCUCAGAGCUCAGGCCACACACACUCGCCUGCUCAGCUGCCAGACCAUCGAGAAGUUCCGCCAUCAUCCCGACAGAGAGGACAGCGUUAACGAAGUGGCGUCUCCUGAUACGAGUGUGUCGGUGUUCAGCUGGCAGGUGAAGUCGUAUGGACAGGGCCAGCCUUCCACCUUCAUCGGCCUGUUCGACAUUAACAGAUGGUACCACGCGCAAAUGCCUGACUCACUGAGGGCGGGCGAGUCUCUGCAGAACUGUCCCUACCUGGCCGUGUGGUCUCUGGACUCGGUGGUGGAGGUGACUCAGUCCUGCCCCCUGCUGGACGUUGUGGUUCAUGAGCGCAGUCUGAGCAGAGCGCUGCCCCACACCUGCCCCCCUCCCGAGCAGUUCUACAACCCGAACACAUACAACUUCGAAGCGAGCUGUCUGCUUAAUGCUGGAAUAGUCCACUUCACCUGCUCCGGAUAUCAGAAAGAGACUCUGAGUUAUCUGAAGAAAGCUGUGCCGAGUCUGAGUGACGGGAUUUCUAACGGAUAUUCCCGGUGCCUGAUGUCCGGCCUGCUGUCCUCUCGGCUCGCGGACGUUCAGCCGUCCAGCCUGACUGAGCAGGAGCAGCUGGACGCCAUUUUAACCACAGCAGUGGAGACGAGCGCUCUGGGUCUGAUCACCGGCUGCAUUAAACAGUGGACGACGGAGGAGCAGGCCGGAUCCGCAGUGAACCUGCGCUACAUCCUGGAGUGGGCCUGGGACAAAGUGGUCAAAACCAAAGAGGAGCUCGACGGCAUAUGUGCUCCAUUAUUCGACAGCUCAUCUAAUUUUACUGAUCCUCAAACGCUGCAGCUUCUCCAGCACAGCCAGAGAUUACUGAGUAACCUCAGCACCAUCUUCCACUGCCUGCUGAACGAGGCUCAGGAGCUCACACAGAGAGGUGUAAUCGGUCUGGUGAAUAAGUGCAUGGUGUCCAGUCUGAUCUCUCAGUACGCUCAGGUGGUCCUGUGGUUCUGCCGCACCGGUCUCCUCCCCGAGAGCGCCGAUGACGACGUGCUGCAGAUAUCGCGGCCUUUUUACAGUUUCUCUGUGAUUAAGAAUUAUUACACGGGUCAGAGGGAGGAGCUGCACAGACUCGCCAAAGAUAAGUGGAACGCUGACUGUCUGAUGAUAGACGGGUUGGUGGCUCAGUGUGGCGAGCGUCUCUCGGAGCUGUGGACGAGAGACCAGGGCGGGACCGGGCAGUACCCACCUCCAUCUCUACACGCCCUGCUGGAUUUAUACCUCCUGGAAAAUGUAGAAGAAUCUACCAAACACGCUAUUGUGAUUUAUCUGCUCCUGGAUGUGAUGUACUCUUUUCCUAAUAAGAGCGGAGCGUCAGUGGAAUCUUUCCCCACGGCUUUCUCCAUCCCCAUCGGCUUAGUGAAGCUCGUACAGGGUCUGUGGUUACUCGAUCACCACGACCACGAGAACUCUCUGGACCUGCUGCUCCACCCCUCCGUCUCUCCGUGUGUGUGGGCGUGGCAGCACUCUCGGGUUCUGCAGGCUCUGAUGAUCCAGAACAAACACAGCACAGCGCUGCACUACCUGCACAUGAUGAAGCCCUCCAUCACCUCCACCUGCUUCACCAAGCUGUGUGUGUCUGUACUGCUGCACAACAGGUGUAUAGUGGAGGCGUGGGCGUUGUUGAGGCAGCAGGUUAAUAAACUCAGCAUGGACGAGCUGCUCAGGUUUUUCUAUGAGACGUGUCAGGAGCUGGGUUUAAUGAAGGAGCUCCUCAAACUCCCCCUCCAACCCUCUGAACAGGAGUGUUUGGAGCGCUUCCUGCAGGAAACCGGAGGGUUCCAGAACAGAGAGCUCCUCAUGGUUCACUAUCUCCAGCAGGCCAACUACGUUCCUGCGCUGCAGAUCAACCACACGCUGAAGAUGAACCUGGCUGGCGAUCGCGAUCCUAAGAUGAAGGAGAGAUCGAACACGAGGAACUCCAUCAUGACUCAGUACGGGAAGGUGUUACCCCGCGCGCAGAGGAAGCUGGCCAUCGAGCGCGCAAAGCCGUAUCAGCACCCGUCCACCGUCCUCAGAGAGGUUACGAGGCCGCAGCCGUUAUCCACCGUGGCUAAACGCUCCACUACCGAGAACGUCCUGAGCAGAGCGGCCUUCAUUAAAAACGUCCUCACGAAGAUUGAGGAGGUGUGGAUCGGCAAGGACACCACGCCUGAGCCCUCCCCUCUCAAGAGCCCUAAAGCUGCUGACGCUCUGGUGUCCAGCCCGAAUCCUCCGACCUUAAACGUCCCUGAGGCUUUUGUUGGGACGCCGAUUAACAUGCUGACGAAGAGGAUGUCCAGACUCUUGGAUCUGGCGGUGCAGCCGUCGUCCCACGCGACUCCAGACGCGUCUCACACUCAGGCGACUCCGUCCAGAUCCGUCAGUUCCUGGGCUGCACCUAAACACAUCAGCAGAGCUCCGGAGCUCAGCCUGUUACACACUCCUCAGGUGGUGAAGAGAGCUCGAGCUUUAGCUGCGUCCGGUCCGGUCUUCUCCUCCUUCACCCCUCAGUCCAUCCUAAGGAGCAGUCUCCGCCCCACUCCUAUAGCCACGCCCACUGCAUCACCUGCCCGAUCAGCCACGCCCCCUUUACGCCCCAAAGAGAGUCGCAUCACCUUCGUGGAGGACAGUGAAUCUCCAGAUCUACCCAAGAGCCCCUCCCUGCACUGGAGCAACGGGCUCACUGCAGUUGAUGAAAUUAGCGAGCUGAAGCGCCCACCCCUGCCACCAGAGGGCGGAGUCGAGGGAUGGAGCGAACAUUCUGGUGAAGAAGAGGAGGAUGAGAGAGAACCCAGCGUAGCGCUCACACCUUCAUUAGAACAGAAAGAGAGCGUGGAGACGGAGGAACCGACGCAGGUCUUACCCACGCUAGAGCGCAGGCCCAGUCUGGGACACGAGACAAGCGCACUCUCCGUCCAAUCGGAUUCCACGCUGGAAUUCCACGACGCUCCUUCUCCGGCGGAUGUGAUGAGACCAGCAUGGCAGUCGAACAGCAGGCUGGAUGAAGAAGAUGAAGUCGUCAUCGUCAGGCGUCCGGAGUCAGACACUGACAUCAGAUUGCUUUGUGCUGAAGAGCCGAUUGUGAACCAGGAAAUGGAAAACGAUGACGUUUCGGAGUUUGAGAUGCAGCCAGAUGCACAAGAACAUGCAAAAGAAGACACCGAGGAACGGAGCGAGGAAUCGACAGCAGAAAGAGAAGUGCAGAAUACGCCAGUUGUUCCGGUCGCUUCACUGGAGGAGUCGGAUCAGGAUGAUUCAAUGAAUCAUGAGGUAGUUUUGGCACCACGUGAACCAAUCAGAACCUCUGGAACGUCUGAGGAGCCAAUCAGAGCGGAGGAGAUCAAGGACCUUGAGCCAGCUCCACUACCGAUCACUGAUGACGCCGUCACUGCCGAGGAGCCAAUCAGAGAGAGUCCCGAAGAAUCUGAGUCACGUGAAUCAGUUGAACACUCCGUGGUUAAUAACGAGCCAAUCGGUGAGCUUCCUGCUUUUGAUAGCGACGCUGUUUCUGAAGAGCUGAAAGAGAAACCCGAGGCCAUGGAGACAUCAGAUCUGGAUGAUUACGUGGAGCGUCAGUUAUUCGGUGAUCUCUCGCCUCCGCACUCCCACGCCGACAGUAAAGAGGCUUUAGAAGUUAACAGUGAGCCAUGUGGAGAUGUUAAAGAUCUCGGAGCUGAAGAUGAUACACACAAAUCUGUCGCCUCGUCUGAAGCUGCGACCUCCGAGUCACGAUCUGUAGUCAGCCUGAACGACACUGAGGAGCUCUCCAGCUCUGACGAGGAUGAAGAGGAGAUUGGGGAGGAGGAGGAAGAGGAGGAGAAUGCAGAAGGCGAGGAGGAGGAGGAGGAGGAGGAGGAGGAAGACUCGGGCAGUGAGGUGGAGAUUAUAGAGGAAGUAAAAGGAAACGGGACGCAGCAGCACCUUUACCUGCAGGACCUCCAACCUGAAGAUCAGUUCCUCCAAGAGCAGGCGGCGGCUGUGCUGUCCCUCGUCUCUGACCCACAGCUGAAGGUGGUGGACGGCUGUGAGGAAGAGGAAGGUCAGGUGGUGGUGGUUGGCCUGAGACCUGCGAGCCUGGAUGAUGAAGGUGAUGUGUGCUACACGGAGCUGAAGCCCUCCACCACUCUCCUCGUUCCUAUCGAGCUGGCCGCUGAGCAUCAGGAGCUUCUGCACGGAGCCGAGCUGCCCGAGGUCGCACUUCCUCUCAGCUCCAAUAACUUCUCCCUCAUGCUGGAGGCAGAUGAUGAAGAACCAGCUGCUUUAGAAAUGGACGCUGAAAACCAUCUAACUCUGCAAGAGAACACAGAGCACGCUGGAGAUAUGGAGGAAGAACCAAAUGCUAACAGGGAUGAUGUUAGUGUGGAGCACGCUGUCCUCGAGCCUGAGGAAAUGUUCAGAAUGGAGGAGAUACCUUCAGAAACGGUUGUGCCAGAUGAUGUGGAACCUAAUAAAGUAUACCUAAUAGAGGAGGUUCAGAUGGAGCAGGAAGUGACUGAAUCUGAACCGAACGUGGAAGAUCAACCUGGUGAACCAGCCGAAGAAGUUCAGAAACAGUCGAAGUCAGAAGCAGUGGCAGAACCUGAACCACUUAUAGAAGAUCAACCUGAUCAAUCAGCAGAUGAAGCUCAAGCAGAGCAGACAGAAGAGAAAAUGGAGCGAAUUCCAGAUUCUGCCAUUGAAGCUCAAACAGCAGAGGAGCCUGAGGAGAAACCAGUGGAACCUUCACGAGAACCUGUGGAGAAACCAGUGGAAACUGCAGAGGAGCCUAUGGAGGAACCUGUGAAGGAACCUGUGAUUGAAGAGACUUUUGAUGUAACUGAUAUAUGUGUCACUGGUCAGGUUCAGGAUUCAGGCUUGACUGAAGUCAAGGAGGAUGGUUUGGUCCAUAAUGAGAAGAUGGCUGUUGAAGAUGUUGUAGAAUCUAGUGAGCUGGUUCCUGUAGCUGAAGACCAUGUUUCUGAAGCUAAUAGAGCUGAGUUGAAGGAAGUACAACAAAGCCCAGCAAGAAGAGGAAGAAAGACCGUUACAUUUCCAGUAACCGUGAUGGAACCUGAGAAAGAUGCUUCUGAAGAGGAGCGAGCUGAUUCGAAAGUGCCUUCCACACCAAGACGCGUAACGAGGAGCGGCAAGCAGCUGCUGGAGUCUGAAGUUCUCAUCACACCAAGGAGAAGCACAAGAAAAACUGAUUCUGAAGUCAUUGUGGAGGAGGUGCCCUCAACAAAAGCAACUCCUCCACGUAAGACUCCACAGAAAGCUACACCCAGGAGAGGAGCUCGCAAAACGAGGAGCUCGAGUGCAAACGAUGACGUUGAAGAAGUCCAGAAUAUGGAGGAAACGUCAAUUGUUGAACAUCAGAGCGCAAGGAAGACUAGAAAAGUGGCAACAAUCGAGGUCCCAGAGCCGAUCCCUGAGGAGAAACCUGCGGAAAACCAAGCUAACACUAACGCUAGUCCCGGCAGGGUGACUCGCCAGUCGAGCAGGAGGCUGAGCUUAACGCUGGAGAACUUCCAGAUGGUUUCAGACGUUCAGAACGCGUCUUUAGUGACGCCACCGAGGAGCAGAAGGAAAACCAGAGGCACUACGGAGGAAAAAGCAAACAACGAGACUUACAUAGUGGACAGCGCUCAGCUUCAAAACGUUUCCAGACGACUGACGAGGAGCCGGCACUGGAACGACGGAGAGGAACUCGAGAAACCAGAGAACCUGGAAUCCACCAAUCUGCUGGAGAGCGCUUUGAUGGAGAGACUGAACAAUGACCAAGCUAAAGAGAGUGAAGUGGUAACGGAGAUAGUGCGCGCCAAGCGGCGGACCAGAUCUGUAGCUCCAGCUGUGGACCAUGAAGAGCAGAACGCUGAAGCUCCGGAGUCAGCGCUUUCUACUGAGCAGCAGGAGCAGAAGAAGAAAUCUGCUCCGUCUGUUAGAAGAACGAGAGCCAGCAAAGCGCCAGAACCCGACACCUCACCUGUUAGCGACGGCGCGUCUGGGGCUCAGAGAGCGAGAGGAAAGAAGAAAGACGUCGCUGUAAACGAUGUUGUUUUGUCUCCUCCUGUGACCCGAAUGAGACGAGCGACCGCGGUUCCUGACAGCCGGCUCCAGGAAAAGAUCUUAUCGGAUGAAGCUGAAGCGGAAGCUGAAGCGGAGGUUAAAACGAGGAAGAAGAGAACGACGAGAGCGAGAGCCGAGCCCGAACCCGUGACGGUGGAGCUCCUGUCUCCUCUGGCGAGUCCAGCAGAACCGGUUCAGAGGAAGAAGCCGGCGGAUCGAGAGGCCGCCGCUCCGAAGAUGAACCUGCGGCGGAGACGCAUGAUGGAGGCCAUUUUCCCCAAACCAGUCACACGCAGGAAGAAACUUUAACGCUGAUCACACCGCCAUCAUCAUCAUCAUCAUCAUCAUCUUCAUCGUGGUUUUCUUUCCCUCUGGAGCUUCCUGUGUGCAUCUGCGUGUACAGUAAACACACCUGUUUCCCUCACGUCCUGAUUUUUACCAGGACUUUAUGCUGCCUGCUGUUUUCUAAUUAAGGAAAUGAUUUUUGAAGUGAAUAAAUAAACAGAGCUCUAAUUUGGGAGAUUUAAUUUUAUAUUAAAUAAAUAAUUAAACUUCGAAUGAGCGAAGUUUACAGCACGGAGCACUGAGGGAAGCCAAACGAUGCAGAAGUCUUAAGUUUUAAAAACGUGCAUUUCUACAAAUGUAAAUAGUCUUUUAGGGAUGUUCUGAAUAAAAUUUGAUACCUGUGAA